UAACGAGGCCCUGUUAAGGGUAUGUCCCAGAUUUGAGUACCUUCCCCAUAUUUAAAAUUAAUAUCGCGAUUGCAACUAUUUUUUUUUUUAGAAAAACGUACUCUCUUGGUUUAGAUUUUCAAAUUAGCUACACAGUCCAUUUUGGUAAUUGGUUAGCCACAUUCGACCGUUUUAUUAUUUGAUGAGUACACAUAUAAUUCACAUUUCUCUCUCCUCCAAAUAAUUGAAUCCCCUCAUCUCCCUCCUCUUCUUCUCUUCUCGUUUCUCCCUUUUGCACUACACCUUCCACCGCCUUCCUUUCUGUCUCUCCUUUAAUUUUCCAGAUUUGCAUCAAUUUCGAGGGACCUCCUUCUUCACAAGAUCCAACCAACCUCAACACUCCCCCAUUUACUCUCACUCUUCUCUCUGCUCAUUCUCCAAUCAACCCUAAUUUGUUUUUCAGAUCCACUGCACAAAAUUCCUCUUUCUUUUGCUCUGUCAAUUUCUGAUCCAAAUUCAAUUUUUCUAUUAAAGAACAACAAUGGGGUAUCGAGCAGAUGAUGAUUAUGAUUACUUGUUCAAAGUGGUGUUGAUUGGUGAUUCCGGCGUCGGAAAAUCUAACCUUCUUUCUCGAUUUACUCGUAAUGAGUUUAGCCUCGAGUCUAAAUCCACCAUUGGGGUUGAGUUCGCCACGAGGAGUAUUCGGGUUGAUGAAAAGGUCGUCAAAGCUCAAAUUUGGGACACCGCCGGCCAAGAAAGGUACCGUGCAAUCACAAGUGCUUAUUACCGUGGGGCUGUUGGUGCAUUGCUUGUCUAUGAUAGCACUCGUCACGUUACGUUUGAGAAUGUAGAGAGAUGGUUGAAGGAGCUUAGAGACCAUACAGAUUCUAACAUCGUAAUCAUGCUUGUGGGUAAUAAAGCAGAUUUACGGCAUUUGAGGGCUGUUUCAACAGAAGACGCACAAACAUUUGCUGAGAAAGAAAAAACAUUCUUCAUGGAAACAUCUGCCCUAGAAUCGUUGAAUGUUGAAAAUGCUUUCACAGAGGUGCUUACUCAAAUAUAUCGAGUUGUCUGCAGAAAAGCUCUUGAGGCUGGGGAUGACCCUGCUGCUGUGCCCAAGGGACAAACCAUUAAUGUGAAGGAUGAUGUAUCAGCAGUGAAAAAAGUUGGAUGCUGUUCAACAUAGGUGUGAGAGUCUAUUGAUUUGAGGAUGGUAAAGCUGUGUAAUAUUGGGCACAGCAGCAGGGUCUUAUGAUAUCUAGUUCCAUGUUUUCUUCAGCUCAAUCGUCUUCUUUGAUCGGAUGUGAUAUGAGGUGGACCUUAUUUCUGCUUCCAUCUUACCUUAACAACAAGAUCUUUCUCAUAUGGAAGCUGUACUUUGGCUUCAAUAUUUUCAUUUCAUGAUUUAAUGUAAUAUCUGAAGAUUGGAGCGGUUAAUAUUACUUUAAGUGUAUUCUAUUCUAUUAGCCCUGUGUAAACUUGGAUAUUUUUUUAUAUUGUCAUUUUUUUUCA